AUGUUAAUCAUACAAACAAUUCAAGCGCUUCUGCCGAUCACUCUGUAAAUACGUGCAACGCUAUUUGCAAGGAUCAGGCUGCGAAAUUACAAGCUGUAAGUGAGCUAUGCGAUGUCACUGUCAUUGAAAAUAAUUCGACUAUUGGGAAUGUGGAAAGUAUAAAUGAUAGUUCAGAUUUACAAGUACAAGAUGAACAAUUGCAGAGUCUCGAAAAGGAUGACAGUAGUAUACCGGGUAAAUAUGAAUAUUUAGUUUGCAUUGUGACGUACGAUAAAAGAAAACCAAACAAGAUAAAUUUACAAGUCAAGGUUUUUGAGACUGGAAGCAUCCAAACCGUAUUGCAGGACAUAAGCAAAGUCAAAAUCAUAGAAAAAUUAACAGUACAAUACGAAGACCAGAAAAAAUAUUGGAUAAAACUUUUAAAAAGAACUACUGACGUUAUCAAGUUUCUUGCCUGUAAAGGUCUUGCUUUUAGAGGUGAUAACCAAAUAUUCGGAUCAAAGCAUAAUGGAAAUUAUUUAGGAAUCUUGGAACUGUUAAGCGAAUAUGAUACUUUUUUAAAAGAGCACAUUAGUUGUCAUGGAAACAAAGGUCACGGUGUAACAUCAUACCUAUCAGCAAACAUAUGCAAAGAAUUCAUAGAAUCAAUGGAAAAGAAUGUUUUGAAAUCUAUAAUCGAAGAACUCAAAAAAUCAAAAUAUUACUCGAUAUCUGUUGAUUCAACUCCAGAUAUCACCCAUACCGAUCAACUAACUUUUACAGUCCGUUAUGUAAUAGACACAGGUCCUGUUGAACGUUUUUUAACAUUCAUUCCAAUUGAAGGACACGGGGCAGAGUAUUUAAGUACUGUAAUAAUCGAUUUUUUAGAAAAAAAUGAUUUGAACAUUAAGGAUUGUAGAGGACAGUCUUACGAUAACGCGUCUAACAUGUCCGGUCGAUAUUCAGGAUUACAAGCUAGGAUAAAGCAAUUGAAUAAAUACGCCGAGUAUAUUUCUUGUGCUGCACACUCGCUAAAUUUAGUCGGUGUAAAAGCAGCUGAAUGCGUGCAACCUGUAGUUGCAUGGCGAAUUUUAUUAGUUGAAUUAGGAGCAGGAAAUCUAGUUUUAAAAGCAUUACCUGCAACAAGAUGGUCAGCCCAGGCUGAUGCUAUUACUGCACUUUGUAAAGGUUAUACGAAUAUUAUGAAAGCUCUUAAUAAAAUAUCAAACGAUACUACUAUGUCUAGUGAAGCAAGACAUGAGGCUCAAUCUUUACUUAAGAAGAUGUUAAAUUUACAAACUUUGUUUUUGACGAUUUACACGUCGCUUUCAAUUUAUUAA